UUAUUAUGAAAAAAAAAAAAAAAAAGAAAGGAGUUUUUAUCAACCAUAAAUACCAGUCCCAGUUUCGCAGACUAUUUCCCUCUUUGUGAAGGAGUUUCGUUAUACGAAGAAUUCGAAUCAUAACCGAUAACUGAUGCUGUGUCGUUUUCAUCUCUUAUAAAACCACCCCUCUCUCUUUAUUUCUAAACCAGCUUUAGCCCCUUCUCUUUGAUUUCUUUUCUUGUUUUUGAUCCCUGCUCUUUCACUGUUUUUCUCCUUCUCCUUCUUCUUCCUUUUUUUUUCCCUCUUUAUAGCGGAAAGAUGGGGUGCAUUAUAGAAGAAGAUGAUGGAGACAACGUCGUAAUGGAGCCGCCACCUAAUUUUUCUAUGGUGGAAGAAGGCAUUUACAGAUCUAGUUGCCCUCGACCCUGCAAUUUCUCCUUCUUAGAAACCCUAAAUCUUCGAUCCAUCAUAUAUUUGUGCCCGGAGCCCUAUCCCGAGGAAAAUUUGGAGUAUAUUCGAUCUCAUAAUAUCCGGCUUUUCCAGUUUGGGAUUGAAGGGAAAACGGAGCCUUCACUUGCUACUCUCAAGGAUGCCAUCAGGGGAGCUCUUAAGAUCUUAAUUGAUGUGAGAAAUCAUCCAGUUUUGAUCCAUUGUAAACGCGGAAAGCAUCGGACAGGUAGCCUUGUUGGUUGCUUGAGGAAGUUGCAGAAUUGGUGCUUAUCAUCUGUAUUUGAGGAGUACCAACAUUUUGCCGGCAUCAAAUCCCGGGAUGCUGACAUGAAGUUUAUUGAAACAUUCGAUGUGGUAUGCCUGAGGCAGUGUCUUCACAGCAUCAUAUAUCAGUACCAAGGCUAUGGUUCAAAAAAAAGGCGCUUACUUUACAGUGAAGACAAUGUACAGAAGCCCCGAAUAACUUCAAUUUAAAGGAUCCUACACACAUUGAUUUUACUUCCCAACUUGCAAGCAGCUCUUUCUUUGUUACAGAUAUAGAUUUUAUCCAUAUAGUUUCUUUCUUAAAAAAUCAGUUUUUUUUUUUUAGUUGCUGUUUAGCUUAUAGAACAUUUUGUGUGAAGUAUCUUUAACCUUAGUUUUCUUGCUUUGCUUUUGGCAUUGGAAAAUUAGUUUUUAUAAAUCAUAGGAGGAGCAUUUUCUCAAAGGACUAGUUUAGUUUUCAUAUAGGGUUCACUUACAGCAAUUUUAGAUUUGGAAAGGAGAUUUCAAUGAAGAAAUUGGUCUGCUUUUCUCUCUCAGUUGAUGAGUGUAUUUCAGUAGAAUACCAUUAUUUGUUAAUUGAUUCGUGGUUAAUUAAGGAGGACAAUAGUUCUGUCUUUAGAAAAAGGAAACUGAAACAAA